AUGAAAGCUUCAGCGUCCCUCAGAGGUCUGCGCCGGAGGCAAGUAAAGACUCAGCUUUAUAAUCAAAGGCCUCGCUUGUUUUCAUCUUCCCGACACCGUCCUCAUGACCCCUCCGAUCUCACCGACCUCAACAAGGUCUCAAGACAUGUCACCCAACCGAAAUCUCAAGGCGCCUCCCAGGCCAUGUUGUACGGCACCGGAAUGGACGAAGCUGAUAUGAACAAACCGCAGGUGGGAAUAUCUUCUGUCUGGUACACGGGGAAUCCGUGUAACAUGCACUUGAUGGAUCUUUCAAAUAUGGUGAAAAAGGGUGUGGCGGAUGCGGGAAUGGCCCCGAUGCAGUUCAAUACAAUCGGUGUCUCGGACGCAAUCAGCAUGGGCACCACGGGAAUGAGGUAUAGUCUACAAUCAAGAGAAAUCAUUGCCGAUUCGAUAGAGACUGUGAUGCAAGGGCAAUGGUAUGAUGCCAACAUUUCAAUCCCCGGCUGUGACAAGAACAUGCCAGGCGUGAUGAUGGCCAUCGGCCGCGUCAAUCGACCUUCCCUCAUGGUUUAUGGAGGUUCCAUCGCACCCGGUUGUGCAAAGACACAAAACAACGCGGACAUCGAUAUCGUCUCGGCAUUCCAAGCGUAUGGGCAAUUCAUUGCCGGCGAAAUCGACGAAGAGCAGCGCUUCGAUAUCGUUCGCCAUGCAUGUCCUGGCGGUGGAGCGUGUGGUGGAAUGUACACCGCCAACACCAUGGCAUCAGCCAUAGAGACCCUCGGUAUGACAUUACCAGGCAGUUCGUCCAAUCCAGCGGUAUCCAAAGCUAAACAACUCGAAUGUCUUGCCGCCGGCGGAGCCAUCAAAACCCUAUUAAAACUCGACCUCCGACCCCGCGACAUUAUGACGCGACAAGCCUUUGAAGAUGCCAUGGCCGUCGUCAUGAUCACGGGCGGUUCGACCAAUGCUGUUCUCCACCUAAUCGCCAUGGCUGACGCCGUAGGCAUCACACUGACCAUUGAUGAUUUCCAAGCCGUCAGCGACAAAACGCCCUUCCUCUCUGACCUCAAGCCCUCUGGCAAAUACGUCUUCAACGACCUCCACAAUAUCGGCGGUAUUCCCACGCUCCUCAAAUUCCUUAUCAAAGAAGGCAUCGUCAAAGGCGAUGGCAUGACUGUCACAGGCCAAACUCUCAAGAAAAACGUCGAAUCCGCACCGGAUUUGCCCUCUGAUCAGGCCAUCAUCAAACCAUUCUCCCAACCCAUCAAAUCAACAGGUCAUAUCCAGAUUCUCCGCGGGAGCCUCGCGCCCGGUGGCUCCGUAGGCAAAAUCACCGGCAAAGAAGGACUCCGUUUCACCGGUCAAGCCAAAGUCUACGAUGCGGAGGAUCUUUUCAUCGAAGCCCUAGAGCGUGGCGAGAUCAAAAAGGGCGACAAAACCGUCGUGGUGAUUCGCUACGAAGGUCCGAAAGGAGGGCCUGGCAUGCCUGAGAUGCUCAAACCCAGCUCCGCCAUCAUGGGCGCCGGCCUGGGCAAGGACGUCGCACUUAUCACAGAUGGACGCUUCAGCGGAGGUUCUCACGGCUUCCUGAUCGGGCACAUUGUGCCUGAGGCCAUGGAAGGCGGACCUAUUGGUCUUGUACGUGACGGCGACGAAGUUGUCAUUGACGCAGAAACGCGUACGUUGGACCUCAAUGUUGACGAAGCUACGCUCGCGAAGCGGAGGGAAGACUGGAAUGCGAAUAAGCCGAACCCACGCGUGAGGAGGGGCGUGUUGGCCAAAUACGCCAAACUUGUCACCGAUGCGAGCCACGGGUGUAUUACGGAUCGGGAGGAUGUGUUGGAUGUGCACGCUGCUUAG